ACGCGUUUGAACUGUUCGGUUGAAAGGCUUGUCGCGCGUCUCUGGUCCGAUCGCGGUAACGGCGCCGCACUGUGAAAACACAUCGUGUCGCCAAUUCACUAGAGUGCGUGCGUUAUCAGCACCGCCGUGUGUGAGUGUUUGUGAGUGUGUGUCUCGUUGCGUGCCCGCGUCUAAUCAGCCGACUGACCGCCCCGAUCCCACUCUACACGAUCCAGCGACACAAUGUCCUCGAUGAACCGCGAACUGUCCGAGGACAGCGCGUUUGCCGCGGGCCGCAACAGUUGGAACCGCCACUACCAUAACAGCGUCGUGCAGCCGCUGCUCACAGAUUUGUACCAAAUAACAAUGGCAUACGCGUACUGGAAGUCCGGCAAAACCGACGACCAUGCCGUUUUCGAUUUGUUUUUCCGCACGAACCCAUUCCAGGGCGAGUUUACCAUCUUUGCCGGGUUGGAGGAGUGUCUCAAGUUUUUGGACGGGUUCCAUUACUCAGAAACAGAUAUUGAAUAUCUCAAGCAUGCCUUGCCGCAGGGCAUUGAGGAAGAAUUUUUCGAAUAUUUAAGUCAACUGACGGCAAAAGACGUCACGUUGUUCGCGAUCGAGGAAGGAUCGGUGGCAUUUCCAAGAGUUCCGCUCAUCAAAGUGGCAGGGCCACUGAUCAUAGUGCAACUGUUGGAAACUACACUUCUAACUCUGGUGAAUUAUGCAAGUUUGAUGGCCACGAACGCGGCGCGCUAUCGUAUGGUCGCGGGAAAGCACAUACAUCUACUGGAGUUUGGCCUGCGACGUGCCCAGGGCCCGGAUGGUGGGCUCUCUGCGUCCAAGUAUUCCUACAUCGGGGGCUUCGAUGGCACGUCGAACGUGCUGGCCGGAAAGUUGUUCAACAUUCCCGUGAAAGGUACACAUGCUCACGCCUACAUAACGUCCUUUACCGGAAUCGAUGAGUUGAAGACGCGCAUCCUGCAGCACAAGGAAAGCGGAGCCUCACGCGAUCUCUUGGAGCUGGCCAUGGAGCACCGGGUGCAACUGGCCAAUGUGUUGGACGUAUCGACGGACGAGAGCAGCGAGGGAGAGCUGGCCGCCAUGGUUUCGUUUGCGAUCGCCUUCCCGGACGGGUUCAUGGCGCUAGUCGACACGUACGAUGUCAAGAGCGAUAAGCUGCUGGGCGAGGCGAUCGUUGACCUGCUUGAUGCACCCGAUACAAUCGUUUGUGAUCCUUUCUGUGUGGGUCGCAUUCACGAUCUCGAAGGAAGUUCGGACGAACUGCACCAAUCGUACAGCGUAGCCCCGCUACCGGAGAUUCCGGAAGAGGAGUGCAAUGGAUGCUGUCCGGAAGAGGAUCAACCGCCGGCGGCGGAUGAGCUAGAAGCAGUGGCAGAAGACGGUGGAGAGCAGCAAACCGAAGCACAGGAGGAGGAGGUAGAAUCAGUAGCGGCAAAUGAAAGUGAGGAUCUAUUGCCUCCUGAAAUAACAGUCGCGGCCGAAGAGAGUCCCCCGGCGGAGGAAGAAACGAGCUCUCCGUUUAAGAACGACGUAAACGGUAACGAGGAUAUUGAAGAUCAAAACUUGCUUCCGGCUGAGCAAGACAAUGAAGAAGAUGAACGGAAAGACACGGAACUCGAACCGUACGAGGCUGAAGAGGAUCAUACCAGGUGUACGAACUGUGAGGCACUGAACACCAUGAUCCACCAUCUGAGGUCCGUUGGAAAGUCCUUCAGGAGCGGUCUGUUGAACUUCUGUGCCGUGGCCCUUGCCCUAAACGACCAGGGCUAUCGUGCGAUCGGCAUCCGCAUCGAUUCGGGUGAUCUGGCGUAUCUGAGCUGCUUGGCGCGCGAAACCUUCGAGCGGAUUGCGGAGCGCUUUAAGCUGCCCUGGUUCAGCAAACUGACGAUCGUGGCGUCCAACGACAUCAACGAGGAAACGAUACUCAGCCUGAACGAGCAGGGCCAUAAAAUUGAUUGCUUCGGUAUUGGGACGCAUCUGGUAACAUGUCAGCGUCAGCCAGCGCUAGGCUGUGUGUAUAAGAUGGUUGAGAUAAACGCCCAACCGCGCAUCAAACUGAGCCAGGACGUCGGCAAAGUGACGAUGCCGGGCAGCAAGAACGUGUUCCGUUUGUACGGGGCCGAUGGCCAUGCGCUGAUCGAUCUGUUGCAGCGAGUCGACGAGAACCCUCCGGAAGUGGGUCAGAAGGUCCUCUGUCGCCAUCCAUUCCAAGAAUCGAAACGCGCUUACGUUAUUCCGACGCAGGUAGAGCCUUUGUACCGGGUGUACUGGACAGAGGGACGGGUCACGCAAGUGCUGCCCUCUCUGGAGGAGGUUCGCGAGCGCGUGCAGGUUUCGCUGAAAACCUUGCGCCAAGAUCAUAAGCGCACCCUCAAUCCGACUCCCUAUAAGGUUGCCGUGAGUGAUAAUUUGUACAACUUCAUACACGAACUUUGGCUGCAGAAUGCACCGAUCGGUGAACUGUCAUGAUAAGGUGGCUGCUAGAAAGGUCCUGCAGGCAAAGCGGUUCAGUCAAAGCCUGUCGCUCUCGUUCUGCUCCGGCCGUGCUGUUUGGAGCACUUAUGCUGAGCGCCGUUAUUGCAACAGUGUUGCAAUUUGUUUUAUUUUUAUUUUAAGCAUAAAGUGUGUUGCUGUUUUUCUCCCUCUGUCCCUUACGUUUUAUCGAAAAAUGCAAAUAGAAACGAUGAAGGUCCCCGUCAA